AGCUAUUCCGUGGGGCUCUACCUCGUGAGGCAGAUGACCUCAGCAGAGCUGCUGCAGAGGUUGAAAACCAUCGGGAUCAAACAUCCAGAGCUCUGCAAAGCCCUCGUAAAAGAGAAGCUACGCUUGGACCCCGACAGUGAAAUCGCCACGACGGGCGUUCGUGUCUCACUCAUCUGCCCGCUAGUGAAGAUGAGGCUGUCUGUGCCGUGCCGGGCAGAGACCUGCGCCCAUCUGCAGUGCUUUGACGCCGUCUUCUACCUACAGAUGAAUGAGAAAAAACCCACCUGGAUGUGCCCUGUGUGUGACAAACCUGCACCCUACGACCAGCUCAUCAUUGAUGGGCUGCUGUCAAAGAUCCUGACAGAAUGUGAAGAUGCAGAUGAAAUUGAGUACCUGGUGGACGGCUCCUGGUGUCCCAUCAGAGCUGAGAAGGAGAGGAGCUGCAGCCCACAGUGCCCCAUACUAGUUCUAGGUUCCUCAGAGGUGAACGGGCUCCUGCCCACCCCCAACGGGAACGGCGAGAACGGCAAGGCCCCCGCCGACGUGGUGGAUCUGACACUGGACAGCUCGUCCUCGGAGGAGGAGGAGGAGGAAGAUGAGGAAGAAGACGACGACGAGGAGGGACCCCAACCAAAACGCCGCUGCCCUUACGAGAAAGGUUUAGUCCCUGCCUGCUGACUGGGGACACGGCUCUGACCUCAGAACGGACAGACUUGAAUACUCUGGUGCUUACAGAAC